AUGAAACAACUUCACUUCUUCUUCCUCCCAUUGAUGGCCCACGGCCACAUGAUCCCAGCAAUCGACAUGGCCAAACUCUUCACCUCCCGCGGCCUCAAAGCCACCAUCAUCUCCACCCCGGCAUUCUCCCAACCAGUCAAGACCGCUCAAAAUUCCGGCUUCCCAAUCGACCUCAUCACCCUCCCAUUCCCCCACCAUGACUCCGGCCUCCCUCCCCACAUCGUCAGCCUCGAUCAAGUCACCUCCGACCCCACCCUUCUCCCCAUGUUCUUCAAAGCCCUCUCUCUCCUCCAACACCCCUUCGACGACCUUAUAAAACGCAUCAACCCAGACUGCCUCGUCUCCGACAUGUUCCUGCCUUGGACGGCCGACUCCGCCCUCAAAUUCGGCAUCCCGCGCCUUGUCUUCCACGGCACCAGCUACUUCUCCCUCUGCGUCUCUGAGGAGAUGCGCCGCCACAAGCCUUUCAACGACGUGGCUUCUGAUUCCGAGCCCUUUCUCAUCCCCAAUCUCCCUCACCAAGUCAAGCUCGUGAAGACGCAGGUGUCUGAUUACAAUUUGCACGAGAACAAAGACGAUUUCAGCCGCUGGAUUCAGCAGAUGAGGGAAUCCGACGCCAGAAGCUACGGCGUCGUCAUCAACAGCUUCCAUGAGCUCGAGCCUGACUACGCCCGCCAUUACACAGAUGUUUUGGGGAGGAAGGCCUGGAGCUUAGGCCCUCUUUCUCUCUGCACCAAUGGCGGAAAUGGAAACGGAAACGGAAACGAAAUGAACGGUGACCAAUGCUUGGCUUGGCUGGAUUCGAAAAAGGCCAAUUCUGUAGUCUACGUGUGUUUCGGUAGCAUGGCGAAGUUCACUCCGGCUCAGUUGAAUGAGCUCGCGAAUGGACUCGAGGCCUCUGGCCAAUGCUUCAUCUGGAUUGUGAGGAGCGGAGGCGGAGACGAAGAGGAGUGGCUGCCGGAAAGGUUCGAAGAGAGGAUGGAAGGAAAAUGCCUAAUUGUGAGGGGGUGGGCCCCGCAAGUAGCGAUCCUCGACCACCCUGCGAUUGGGGCGUUUGUGACGCACUGUGGAUGGAACUCGACUCUGGAGGGCGUGUGCGCGGGGUUACCCAUGGUGACGUGGCCGCUAUUCGCGGAGCAGUUUUUCAACGAGAAGUUGGUAACGGAGGUUUUGGGGAUUGGGGUUCCGGUAGGGAAUAAGAAGUGGCAGAGGGGAGCGAAUGAUGGGGUGAGUAGGGAGGCGGUGGCGAAGGGGGUGCGGGGGGUUAUGGUGGGGGGAGCGGCGGCGGAGAUGAGGAGGAGGGCGGUGGAUUAUAAGGAGAUGGCGAGGAAGGCAGUUGAGGAAGGAGGGUCGUCUUAUCAUCAUCUCACUGCUCUCAUUAAGGAUAUCGCCACUUAUCUUCCUCCUAAGAAGAUGGAAAUAAUGUGA